AUGGUUUCUACAAGGUCAAAAACUGUGGCUGGUGUAAAUGGGGAAGUGGAGCCCUCCAAAAAGGAUGUGUCUCUACAGACCCAUCCGUGCCCAGAGUGUUUGAGCUUAUCUGUGGCUUCAGGGAGUGUUGUGGAGGAGACAUGCCUGCGAUGUGAGCAAGUGAAUGACCUCCUUUCAUUGGUGGCUGAGCUUAGGGAGGAAGUUGAAAGAUUAAGGAGCAUCAGGGAAAGUGAAAGGGAAAUAGACUGGUGGAGUUCAGCCCUUCCAUCUUUAAACGAGGCCUCUGACCGAGAGACUGAGAACUUAUAUGCCUCCCACCCUCAGGCAAGAGAAGUGCACCUGGUGGAUGAAGAGGAGUGGAAAUUGGUCCCCAUUCGGGGAGGUAAUAACAAAAACUCCUCCCCAUCCCCAUCAUCCAGCCAGGUACCACUACAGAAUAAGUAUGAGGUCCUGGAACUAGAGACCCAACUAGAUGACUUAGAAGAAAACUGUCUGCCCAUUGAGCCCCCCAGUUAUGAUCCAUCUGUAAGAUGGAUCACUACCUCUAACAUCAAGAAAAAAAGAAGGCUCUUCAGAAGAGACAGGAAAGGAAGAAGAGGUGGAGGGGUAGCCCUUUAUAUUAAGCAGACUCUUGUUGCCAUAGAAAUUGAAACUAAGGAAGAUGGAGUUGAAUGUCUAUGGAUAAGAAUUAAGGGGAAGGCCAACAAGGCUGACACCCUACUGGGAGUCUGUUAUCGUCCACCCAACCAGGAAGAAGAGGUUGAUGACUUGUUCUAUAAGCAGCUAGGUAAUGUUUCAAGAUCAUCAGCCCUUGUUCUUGUGGGUGACUUCAACCUACCAGACAUCUGCUGGGAACUUAAUACAGCAGAAAAGAAGCAGUCCAAGAAAUUCUUAGAGAGUAUGGAAGACAACUUUCUGUCACAGCUGGUGGGUGAACCCACCAGGGGAGGGACUAUGUUAGAUCUGCUGUUUACAAAUAGAGAUGGGCUGGUGGGAGAUGUGAUGGUUGGAGGUCGCUUGGGUCAGAGUGAUCAUGAAAUAAUAGAGUUCUCAAUAUUUGGUGAAGUCAGAAGGAGCACCAGUAAGACUCUUGCACUGGAUUUCCGGAGGGCAGACUUUGGCCUGUUUAGGAGACUUAUUCAAAGCGUCCCUUGGGAGACAGCCCUUAAAAACAAAGGAGUUCAGGAAGGGUGGACAUGCCUCAAAACAGAGAUCUUGAGGGCACAGGAACAGACUGUCCCUGUGUGCCGAAAAAUAAGUCAGCGGGGUAAACGUCCAGCCUGGCUGGGCAAAGAGGUUCUAGAGGAACUCAGGAAUAAAAAGAGGACCUAUCAGCUUUGGAAGGAGGGUCAGGUCUCUAAGGAAGUAUUCAAGAAGGCUGCUAGAGCAUGCAGGAAGAAAAUUAGGGAGGCCAAAUCUCAGUUUGAACUUAGAAUGGCGACUUCUGUAAAGGAUAACAAAAAAUGUUUUUACAAAUACAUUAAUGCUAGAAGGAAGGGUAAGACCAGCCUUAGUUCCCUAUUGGACAAGGCAGGGAACUUAGUAUCUGCAGAUGAGGAGAAGGCAGAAGUGCUUAAUGACUACUUUGCCUCAGUUUUUAGUGGGAAGAUGACUUGCCUUCAAGAUACCUGCCCCCCUGGGCUGGUUGAUGGGGUCAGGGAGCAGAAUGGUUCCCCCUUUAUCCAAGAGGAGACAGUCAAAGAACUACUGAAAUGCCUGGAUGUUCAUAAAUCUAUGGGACCUGACGGGAUCCACCCCAGGGUAAUGAGAGAGCUGGCAGAUGAGCUUACAAAGCCACUCUCCAUAAUUUACCAACAGUCCUGGCUCACUGGUGAGGUUCCGGAAGACUGGAAGCUGGCCAAUGUGACACCCAUUCACAAAAAGGGUGCAAAGGAGGAUCCUGGUAAUUAUAGACCAGUCAGUCUGACCUCAGUACCUGGCAAAAUAAUGGAACAGUUUAUAUUAAGUGCCAUCAUGAAGAAUUUACAGGAUGGCCAGGGUAUCAGACCCAGUCAGCAUGGGUUUAGGAAGGGUAGGUCAUGUUUAACCAACCUGGUCACCUUUUAUGACCAGGUAACCCGCCUAGUGGAUGCAGGGAAGGCUGUAGAUGUUGUUUAUUUGGAUUACAGCAAGGCCUUUGACACUGUCUCCCACAGCAUACUCCUAGAUAAGCUGGCAGCCUGUGGCUUGGACAGGAGCACUCUGUGCUGGGUUAGGAACUGGCUGCAUGGCCGAGCCCAGAGAGUGGUCAUGAAUGGUGCUGCAUCCAGCUGGAGGCCAGCCACCAGUGGUGUCCCUCAGGGGACCCUGGUGGGGCCAGUUUUGUUUAAUAUUUUUAUUGAUGAUAUGGAUGAGGGUUUAGAGUCUUUCAUUAGUAAAUUUGCAGAUGACACUAAGCUGGGAGCAUGUGUCGAUCAGUUAGAGGGACAGAGAGCUUUGCAGAAGGACUUGGAACGGUUGGAUGGAUGGGCAGAAUCCAAUGGGAUGAAGUUCAACAAGUCCAAGUGCCGAGUCCUGCACUUUGGCCACAAUAACCCCCUGCAGCGUUAUAGGCUGGGGAUGGUGUGGCUGGACAGUGCUCAUGUGGAAAGAGACCUGGGGGUACUGGUUGACAGUCGGCUGAACAUGAGCCACCAGUGUGCUCAGGUGGCCAAGAAGGCCAAUGGCAUCCUGGCCAGUAUCAGGAAUAGUGUGUCCAGCAGGAGCAGGGAGGUCAUUCUUCCCCUGUACUCGGCACUGGUGAGACCACACCUAGAGUACUGUGUCCAGUUCUGGGCCCCUCAGUUUAGGAGGGACGCUGAGAUGCUUGAGCGUGUGCAAAGGAGAGCAACGAGGCUGGUGAGGGGCUUGGAACACAAGCCAUAUGAGGAACGACUAAGAGAGCUGGGUUUGUUUAGCCUGGAGAAGAGAAGACUCGGAGGUGACCUUAUCACUCUCUACAACUUCCUGAAGGGUGGCUGUAGUGAGCUGGGGGUCAGUCUCUUUCUCCGAGCAACAACAGAUAGAACAAGAGGACACAGUCUCAAGCUGCGCCAAGGGAGAUACAGGUUAGACCUAAGGAGGAAGUUUUUCACAGAAAGAGUGGUCAAACACUGGAAUCAUCUGCCCAGGGAGGUGGUAGAGUCACCGUCCCUGGAUGUGUUUAAAAGGAGACUAGAUGUGGCACUUAGUGCCAUGACCUAG